UCUGAUGAGAGUCAGGCACAUUUAGUGAGUGUAAUAGAUCUGAUUCUGAUGGGAGACAGGCACAUUUAGUGAGUGUAAUAGAUCUGAUUCUGAUGAGAGUCAGGCACAUUUAGUGAGUGUAAUAGAUCUGAUUCUGAUGAGAGUCAGGCACAUUUAGUGAGUGUAAUAGAUCUGAUUCUGAUGAGAGUCCAGCACAUUUAGUGAGUGUAAUAGAUCUAAUUCUGAUGAGAGUCAGGCACAUUUAGUGAGUGUAAUAGAUCUGAUUCUGAUGAGAGUCCGGCACAUUUAGUGAGUGUAAAGAUAGAAAUGGAUAACACAGUGGUGAAAAUUAAUUCUGAUUUGAUUUCUGAAAACGAAAAAAAAUCUGCGAUUGACCUACUGAUAGAGAAGAUAAAGCUUGCAGGAGACAAAUUUUAUCAAUGUGAUGUGUGUGGUAGGGAGUUUCGACGGAAAGAUGGUCUAAUUCGACACUACAAGAUACACACAGGCAUUACAUAUACCUGUGAAAUCUGUAAUAAAAAUUUUAGGAAUGAAGAAAAGUUUCAACUUCACAUGUUUAAUAACAUUCAUAAGAAAUCCUUUAAAUGUGAUAUAUGUGGUAAAGUAUUCAAAAAGACUGCAGCUGUCAACACUCACCGUAUGAUACAUACCGGAGAGAAACCCUAUGAGUGUGACAUCUGUGGUAGACAGACACGAACUACAGAAGAUCUAAAGAGACAUCUUAGGUCACAUACAGGGGAGAAACCGUACAAAUGUAAUGUCUGUGGUAAGGGAUUCACUCAGGCCUCCAAUCUUCGUACCCAUUCCCUGAUACACACUGGAGAAAAACCCUUCAAGUGUGACAUAUGUGGUAAAGACUUUAGUCAGCUGGCUAACCUCAAGACUCACCAAAAGGUACAUACUGGUGAGAGGCCGUACAACUGUCCUGUUUGUGGUAAAGGAUUUGGUAUGGUGUCUACUCUUAAAGCACACCAACUCAAGCACACUGGAGAAAAGCCACAUGAGUGUGAUAUCUGUGGAAAGAGGUUUACUACAACACAGAAUCUAGGGAGACAUUUUAAGGUUCAUACUGGAGAAUAUUCACAUGAGUGUGAUGUUUGUGGUAAGGUAUUUAUUCAAGCAAAUGGCUUGCGUACACAUAAAAUGAUACACACUGGAGAAAAACCAUACUCGUGUGAUGUCUGUGGCGAGGGGUUUCGACAGCCGUACGGACUAAAGAGACACUUUAAGAUACACAUAGAAGCCAUACAACAUAAAUGUGAUAUUUGUGGUGACAUUUUUAAAGAGGCAAGUGCUCUAGCAACACACCAAAGGGAACAUCUAGGAGGUAAACCACUGAUGUGUGAUAUCUGUGGGAAGAGCUUUACUAAGCUAUCUAAUCUUCAGAAACAUCAAUCGAUCCAUGCAGGGAUGAUGCCAUACAGGUGUGAUGUUUGUGGUAAAAGUUUUAAUCAGUCAAUAGUCCUUAAGAUUCAUUACAACACACAUUCUGAAGGUCAGAUGCAGAGAGAACAGAGUAAAGGAUUGACUCGGGAGUAAAUCGCUAUCAGGGUGAGAUACACAGUAAAGGAUUGACUCAGGAGUAAAUCACUAUCAGGGUGAGAUACACAGUAGAGGAUUGACUCAGGAGUAAAUCACUAUCAGGGUGAGAUACACAGUAGAGGAUUGACUCAGGAGUAAAUCACUUUCAGAGUGAGAUACACAGUAGAGGAUUGACUCAGGAGUAAAUCACUAUCAGGGUGAGAUACACAGUAGAGGAUUGACUCAGGAGUAAUUAACUAUCAGGGUGAGAUACACAGUAGAGGAUUGACUCAGGAGUAAAUCACUUUCAGGGUGAGAUACACAGUAGAGGAUUGACUCAGGAGUAAAUCACUAUCAGGGUGAGAUACACAGUAGAGGAUUGACUCAGGAGUAAUUAACUAUCAGGGUGAGAUACACAGUAAAGGAUUGACUCAGGAGUAAAUCACUAUCAGGGUGAGAUACACAGUAGAGGAUUGACUCAGGAGUAAUUAACUAUCAGGGUGAGAUACACAGUAAAGGAUUGACUCAGGAAUAAAUCACUAUCAGGGCGAGAUACACAGAGGAGGAUUGACUCAGGAGUAAUUCACUAUCAGCGUGAGAUACACAGUAAAGGAUUGACUCAGGAGUCAGUUAUUAUAAGAAGUAAAUCGCUAUCAGAAUGAGCUGCACAGUAAAGGAGUGACUCAGAAUUAAGUUAUGAUCAGAAGUAAAGCACUCUAUAGAAUAAAUCACUCUCAUGGGGAAGUGCACAGUAAAGUUUACUAGAAGUAAAAAUCAUUUUCAAGGUAAGGUGCACAAUUUCAGAGUGACUGAUCGGAAUGAACAUGUCACGAUCGUAUACAUAAGAGAAUAUUGAGACAUUGCAUGUCAAUGUGUUGUUAUAGUGAAAUGAUGGAAGUAAGACUGAUAUAGUAUUGAGGUUUUAGUUCUAUAGCUGAAUAUUUUACAUGUAGUCUAUACAUGUUAAAAAAUCUUAUGUCACUAUUAAAAUGUU